GACUUUGAAGUUGAUAUUGAAGAUUUUUGUGCGGCGAACCAUGAAUCUCAAUAAUCCUCCGCAUAUUUUUCACAUAAAAUGAAAAAUGCUGUACCGUAUGUUAUGCUCCUUACGAGAGGUCUCCACUAUCUUCUUCGCCGGUUUUUAUGAAUCAUCAUUUAGCAUAAACAUAUAUACAUGGAUUCUGAAUGUCUCAUGUUUUGUCGUUUAAUAGAGUGAAGCCACCAUCUAGAAAGUGAGCUAGAAUAGAGAGGCUAUAGUUUUUCUUCCUAUUUUGUUACUUUUUUUGUUUUGCGUGUGCAUCCAUUUCUCGUUUCCAUAAUAUUAUAGAGCGCAAUAGCACCCCGACUAGACUGGCAAGUAAAAGUCUUACUUAAAUUUUAUUGCACACUUUGUCUAUGCAGAAAGAGACAGAGAACACAGAGGGGCUGUGCAUGCUGGCUUUACUUUUCUGGCCGUAUGCGAGGUCCAUGUAUACUAUGUCCAUGUUAUUUAGUAUUUAAAUGAGCCGCGAAUUCGAUAAAUCAGCGCGCGGCUGCGCGCGAUGUACCGUUUGAUAUCGCUUCGACAUCCUUGUCACUGCGCAAGUAUGACAUAUUUCGAUUGACGUAUGUAUAUACGUGAGCCCAUACACGUCAGAGGACAAGUAAUCGCAGUAUAGUGUGUUUAUCCUGUGUGUAAACUUAUCUUCCCAAGCGUUGUCUACUUAUAAAUUAAGCGAGAAAAAUGAAAAACGGCAGUAGAUUAUUGAAAGUUCUUCUACAAGCUUCAGAGAAGGCAGCAAAUAUUGCCAGAACUUGCCGACAGAAAGAAGCUUUAUUUCAAUUAUUAGUACAAGAAAAGUCCUUAGAAGAAAAAAAUCCUCGUUUCUUCCAAGACUUUAAAACAUUAGCUGAUGUUCUUAUACAAGAAACUAUUAGACAUGAUAUAGAAAUAGAGUUUCCAGAGUUGGCUAAACUGGUGCAAGGUGAAGAAACCAAUGUAUUCAGCAAUACCUUGGGAGAAUCGAUUGUGGUUGAAGUUUGUUCAUCCAGUGAAGAAACAACACGAUUACUAACUAAAGUUAUGGGCAAUGAUGUUGUGGCAGCAGAGUUGCUCGCUGCUGAAGUUCAUAAGGAUAUUCAGCUGUCAGACGUGCCAAUCACACUAGAGAUUCCUACUGAAUUUGACAUCAAUGAGGAUGAUCUUGGUAUUUGGAUAGAUCCUAUUGAUUCAACAGCAGAUUACAUUAAUGCAACAGAGACAGUGGAUGAAGAGACCAGCUUGUAUUUAAGCGGUUUACGUUGCGUUACUGUACUAAUUGGAGCAUAUAAGAAAAGUACAGGAGUACCAGUUUUGGGUGUAGUCAAUCAACCUUUCUGCACCAAUGUAGACUCGCAAUGGUCAGGAAAAUGUUACUGGGGUUUCUUGGAGUGUGGCGUUGGUAAGACUUCCAUAAGUGAAACGUGUAAUGCCGAUAAGAUCAUCCUACUUAGCCGUUUCGAAGAUGUGGAUGUAAAAUCAAAGCUGCUAGACAGUGGAUUUAGAUUGAUAGAAGCAACUGGAGCAGGCUACAAAAUAUUGAGCGUUGCUCUUGGACAAGCUGCUGCUUACAUUUUAUCAAAGAAUUCCACUUACAAGUGGGAUACUUGUGGACCACAAGCUCUGUUGUCAUCAACAGGUGGAGGCAUUAUCGAGUUCAAAGAAUUUAUCAUACGUCCAAACUCUGAAAAUCUAAGUCUGAACUACCUACCUGUCGGCACGAACUUCUCCAACAGUAGAGGCCUGAUUGCAUAUAGAGAUCCUCAAAUCUUAGAAACUUUCAAGUGUAUUUUGUGUAAAAUAGCUAAUUAAAAUAAACGUUUAUGCGCCCAAGUUGCAUAACGAUAAAGCCUGACAUUCUAAAGAUCUUUUUGGUGGCUAUAUGAUCAAAUCUUUUUGAAUUUCAGAGAUAAUUUCUGAGAGAUAUCUAAUCUCAUAGAUUUUACGUGGAACAUUUCCAAAUGUUUUUUCCGAAAUUUCCCCUACUUUGAGGAAAUUUCUGCCGUAUUCAAUUCGGUUUUACAAGAUGAUUAUAACACGAUACAUACAUUCGGCAAAUGAAUUAACAUGGUAAUAUUUGUUGAUCAGGCAGAUGGACCAUUAUAUAUUACUUGCUAAUUGAUGUAGCUAAUGACUAAUUGUGAUAUAUUUAAUGUGACUCCAAAUAUACAUCAUUCAAUGUACAUAUUCAGUUGUAGACAUUAUCAUUUUCUAUUACAGCUUAUGUAUGAAUCUUUCUUUUUCGCGUUACGUUCUUCAAGCACUAUUUUUUCCGAAUCUUAUAUCGAUUAAUCCUUCUCCACCGUGAUAUUGCGGUGUGGUUUGCGGUUGAUCAUCGUUGCUAUGUGUUCCCGAUGUUGUAGUCGGUUGAUUAUUGUUGUUAUCGUUAUAUGUUCCAAUAGUUGUAGUUGGAAAUGGCGUUUGGUUACUUCCUUCAUUGUUACUAUCUUUGGUUCCUUGUUGAAUGACAAUAAUUGGUUGAGUCCAAUGAUGUCCAUCUUGUUGGUGUCUAUGGCCAUAUAGUGGAAGGUUCUGCCAUUGCCACGGCCCCCUAUUAGAAGUUUGUUGCGUGUUGUCGACAGCAAUGAUCAUCUACAAAAAUAAAACGUACAUUAAAAUCA